AGAAUCAGUUCAUUAUAAACUUUUGUCCCCAGAGGGUCAGAGUGACAAAAUGUCCAAGUUAAUAGUUUCUUUUCUGUGUGCAAUUCUUGCCGUAAUCCCCAUAAAAACCCUGUCGGUAUCCGAGAAUUCUGGUCGUUUCAUGUGCCUGUUACAGGAUCCUCCGAAUCAAUGUGGCGAAUUUUGCCUCUCCGCCUUAAUGCCACUAAUUGAUCACAUUGCCAAGCACCAGAAUGAGUGGAACAAUUGCGAUAAUGAAAAACGAAAUGAAACUCAGGCCAAAUUGCAAAGAAUAGAGGACCAGCAGACAGAAACUCGGGCUCAAAUUGGAAGGCAGCAGGAAUCCCUGGAGAAAUCCUGGAAGAAGGUGGAGGACAUCAUAGACAGGCUUAAUAGGAUGGAAUCUAAGCAGACUGCUUCACAGGACAACCUUGAGGAAAAACUUUCCUCAAUUCAAGAAAACUUGAACAGCUUUAAAAAUAAAACUGAUGCUAAAGUGACGAUGAUGUCUUCUAAGUUCAAGCUGAUCGGAUCGAGGUAUUUCUAUAUUGAAAGUGAUGAAGGACAAAAUUGGACGGAUGCUUCGGAUUCCUGCGAAAAAAUAGGCGGACGUUUAGCUUCUAUCCAAAAUGAAGAAGAAUUUAACAACAUCGUUGCGGAACUAAAUUCGGAUAUUAGUUAUAUGCUGGGCAUUAGUGAUUUGGCUGAAAAAGGCGUGUUUAUAUCUAAAUCCACGGGAAAGAAAGCUCCCUUCUUGAAGUGGAAACCUGGAGAACCCAAAUACAAUCACUCUGACCAGCAUUGCAUUACUGUGCAUAACGGUGGCAUGUGGGUUGACAGUUGUUCCUUUGAACACAAAUAUAUUUGCGAGUUUGCGGAUGAUUAAAUUAAAAUGGAGAUAUAUAUAUACCUA